AUGGGUACAGUUUUCUCAACUAUACCUUCUAUAGAACAACACCAAGAUUUGCCCUACAGCUUUCAAGUGUAUCUUAAAAACUUCAAGACAGAAAGCAAAAUCUCUCAGGAAAUCAUCCUUUCAAUUGAGUCACACCUGAACAGAGGAGACAUUCAAGGGGCACACUCCGUAAUCAAAGAGGCAUUAAAAAAUAUUGACGGUAUCCCACUUAACAUUGCUGUGACAGGGGAGUCAGGUUCAGGGAAGUCAAGUUUCAUGAAUUCCCUGAGAGGAGUUGGACAUGAAGGCAAAGAUGCGGCUCCCACUGGGGUAGAGCCAACAACCAUGCAGAGAACGCCAUACAAACACCCGAAUUUUCCUAACGUGACAAUAUGGGACUUGCCUGGCAUUGGAAUCUCUGAUUUCCAGUCAAAAGCUUAUUUGGAGGAAGUCAAGUUUGGUGAGUACGACUUCUUCAUUAUUGUUUCUGCAACACGCUUCAAGAAAAAUGACCUAGACCUGGCCAAAGUUAUAAAAGCUAUGAAGAAGAACUUCUACUUUGUGAGAACCAAGGUGGACCUGGAUUUACAAAAUGAACAGGAACUGAGAUCAGCUACAUUUGAAAGAGAACAAGUCUUGGAAGAGAUUCGAAACAAAUUUCUGAAGGAAUUUCAGGAGAAUAAUAUUGAAACACAAAUCUUCUUAAUUUCUAACAGAGAUUUGUCUGCGUUUGAUUUCCCAAUCCUGAUGGACACCCUACUAAAGGAUCUCCCUGCUCAGAAGCGCCACAUGUUCAUGCUUUCCCUGCCCAACAUUACUGAGGCAGCCAUUGAUAGAAAGAGGGACUCCCUAAAGCAAACUAUCUGGCUAGAAGCCAUCAAGGCUGGAUUUUUGGCGACCUUUCCUAUGGUGGGCAUCAUAAAGGACAAUGAUGUGGAGAAGCUGAAGGCCUCCCUACAUCAAUAUCAGGUCCACUUUGGAGUGGAUGACGCAUCCCUGCAGAGUCUGGCUGAGGAUUUACAAGUGCCUGUGGAAGAACUCAAAGCUGUCAUUAAGUCUCCCUAUUUGUUUGACACUGAGAAGGACCAAACAAUAGAGGAAAAGCUUUUGAAAUAUUUGGAGAUUUUAAGUUCAGCUGCUUUCACUCCUCUUGCUGCAGGUCUUUACUUUAGGAAAGUUUUCUACCUGCAAUUUCAUUUCCUUGACAUAGUGACCAGUGAUGCUAAAGUUCUGAUAAAAGAGGCAUAUUCCAGAAAGUCUGACUUUCCAAUAGUCUAA